AUGUGCAGUCCUCACGCCUUCAGAGGUCUGUUUGAGGACCUGAACGAGGCGAUCCCAGAGACCGAGCUGCUGGAUAACAGCAUCCAGAAAGGCCGAGCCCAGCUGUCCGUCAAAGCCCGAAGGCACCGCCCCUCCAGGUCCCGUUACCGUGACAGCGUGAGCUCGACGGAAGGGGACGACAGCCUCGACAGGAAGGACAGCCCGUUACACUCUGCCCGCUCACCUCUCCACCUGGCCAUGCGAGGCUCCUCUCCCUCUCCCGAUUCGCUGCUGUCGGCUCGAAGCCCCGCCUUCUCCUUCGACACGUCCCUGAGAAAACCUCGACAUGAAUCUGUGUCCUGCUUCACUUUGAUUCCUCAGGUGCGUCGCUCUCCAGAGGACGGAGGCGCGUCAUUGGCCGCUCCCCCACGGGGGCGGUACCACCAGCUGACCAAUGCGACGUCUCAGGAGGCUCUGGUGACGCCCAGCAGCUCGCCGUCCAAAUCCUGUCCGUCCUCCAACGGCUCACCUGUUUACAUGAGGAGGAACCGGAGGCCCGACAGCGAAGUGUUGGUAUCUGAUACGAGUCGGGACACCAGUCCAGCUGAUCCCGGCAGUCCAACCGUCGUCUUUGACAAGAAAACCAAGAGACGCUUCCUGGACCUGGGGGUGACUCUGAGACGUUCGUACAUCAGGGUGAGGAAAGAUAAAUCCAACAGGCUCUCUGUGGGCAGCAGAGAGCCAUCUGAGAGUCCGUCUCGCUCCUCUGGAUCCUUCGUCCCGUUCUCCUGGUUCACUGAAGGACGGGGGUCACUGUCCUCUUCGGGGACCCCCCCCUGCUCCCCCAAAAUCCCGCCGCUGAGCUCCCCAAGACCUCGCAAGUCUCACUCCCAGGAGUCGGCUCUCAGCGAGGAGUUUUCUCCUCCUCACACCUCCUCCUCCACCUCUCCUCCUGUCGACUCCUCCUCCUCCAGAUCCUCCCAUCCAUACCACACCCUGUCCCAGUCCUCUGAUGAGUCGAUACAGAAAUGCCAGCAACAGACACGGAGACACCGUCCUCAGCGUCCUCACCUCCCGCAGCCCAGCGAUGAACCGUCCUGUGUCGUCUCCUCGUGGACGACUCAGCAGGUCUGUGAGUGGCUCAGAGGACUCAACAUGGAGCAGUAUGUCCCCGAUUUCAGUGCGAGAGACAUCGACGGACAGCAGCUGCUGCAGAUGGACGGCAGCAAGUUGAAGAGUCUGGGCGUGCUCAGUUCCUCUGAUCGCAGCGCUCUGAAGCGUCGCAUUAAAGACAUCCACACUGCAGCAGAGAAGGAGAGAAAAGCUCUGGACAAACUGGAGAAACAGAAAGAGAAACAAAGAAGGAAAGACCAGGAGCAGCGCAGGAACUGAAGACCGCCAGCAGAGGGAGACAGAGGGCGACCAGGGGAGAGGACAGGUAGAAGGCGAGAGAGACAUAAGGGAGGAAGAGAGGCAGGGAUGCAUGUGAGGACGACAAAGAGACAGUUCUUACAGGGUCCAGGGUUGUAUGGAACAGAAAGAAAGGGGAUCGGAGACCUGUAGGUGUGAACACUCAAAGAAAACAAAACAAACCAUCUUUCCACACGUCCUGGAAAACCUGGAAAUCUCUAGUGCAGCCUUCCAGACAUGGAAAAGUCCUGGAAAAUGACAACUGUAAUCAUCAUGUCCUGGAAAGUUUGAUGAGAGCAGAAGAAGAAAAAUCAGGUCCUGGAGUCUGAACUGAGGCCGAAUCCUGACAUGAAGGAAAAUAGUUGAACGGUUAUGAAAUAUUUCAGGCUCUGCUGUCACUAAAGUCUGUUUCUUACGGUGGCCCUUGAGGACAAAUCCAGCAGUGCAACAAAUUGCAAUAUUUUCCCUGUCACUCGCUUUUAUUUUCUAAAGCCGAGUCUUAAUAUUUCUGUUUCUGAGGUUGUUUGUGUCGUCAAUCAUCCAAACUAGGAUUAAUGACGACCUUUCGCGUGAAAAAAAACGAGAGACUAAAACUGAACAAAAAGUGAC